AUGCCAAAAAAGAAGAAAGUCAAAUCCAGUAAAAAGGGUGGCAAAAGACUGAGAACUUCAAGAAAGAAGAAAACAACUUUAGAAGUAAAAAUUGAAAAAUUUUGUGCGGACGAAGAGAAAUACAUUGAGUUUUUAAAGCGUUCAAACUUCUGGAUAACUGAGAAUAUAGGACAACUAAAGAGUCUUCUUCACCAAACAGUUCACUACUCAGAUACUAAUUUCACUUACGAUGAUUUUAAAGCUGCUGUACUGUCAUUAAACUGUCCAUUCACCAAGCUCGAAAUCGAUGUUAUUACAAGAUUACUGGAUCAAGACAAAAACGGCUUUAUUGAAUACGAAGAUCUAGCUACCAGUUUAACAAAUUUAAGCCUUAAAGACGGGACUUUGAGAGCAUUGGAAAUUGAAAAAAUACAGAAAUCUGAAAGAGGGUGGACUGUCUGCAAAUUUCACUGUUUGAACUGUAUAAAUAUAUGUGAUAGCCCACUACAUUUUGAACGAUUAGUCCCGCUGAACACUUUUACUGAAGGUUUGAUAAGCAUUAUUCGCCAAGAAACAUUACUGUGGUUGCCACAAAUAUCAAUCUUUGUAAGUGCCAAUGAAGAACCUGAUAGUGAAUUGCAACCAGAAUUCAUGUUGUCUGACUAUGAUAUCAAAAGUGGCAGCAAAUACGAUGCACCAAGUCUAGAUCUAUUCUACCGAUCAACUGGUAGAAUAUUAAGGAAUGAUUCAUGUGUGAAUGAAGUGCACAUUAUGCCGGAAGAAAUACAAGCAGAUCCUAUUUUAUGGUCAAAAUUAGUCAUUGAAAAUAUUAAAUUUCAAGAGAAAUCAACUAAAUACAACAAACUCCUUGCUACAUUGGAUCAUGAUAAGAAUGUUUUUGCAUAG